AUGACUUUCCAGUGCAAUGUGCCCGUUGGGGAGGCCGAGAACGAGCAUGAGACGGCACCAAGGAGGAACUACCUUGCCGAGGAUGCCCCUCUGGUGAGACCCAGGGACUUCAAGUGUAACAGUGUCUACGAGUUUAUUCAGGAGUGUGUGGAGAGGUACGGGGACCGCAACGUGCUUUCUUGGAGAGACGUUGUUGAUAUCCACGAGGAGAAGAAGAUGGUCACGAAGAGGGUGGACGGACAGGAGAAACAAGUGGAGAAGACGUGGAUGUACUACGAGAUGAGCCCCUACAGGUACAUCACGUACAACAAUUUGCUGGAGAGGAUCUUGGAAUUGGGGAGAGGGCUUGUUAAGAUUGGUUUGCAACCAGGGUCAGAGGAUAAGUUGCACAUCUACGCGUCCACUUCGUACAAAUGGAUGGAGAUGUUCCUCGGUGCACAGACGCAGAAUAUCCCCGUUGUGACCGCGUACGAUACUUUGGGGGAGAGCGGGCUCACGCACUCCAUUAAGCAGACUCAAUCCACUGCUAUCUUCACUGACAACUCGCUUUUACACACUCUUGUGGCCCCCAUGGAGAAGACCUCUCAUAUCAGGUACAUUAUCCACUUCGAGAAGAUCGACCCGGAGGACAAGAGACAGGGCGGGAAGAUAUUUUCCAGUGCCAACGACGCCAGGGAGAAAAUCUUAAAGAUCAGACCGGACGUCAAGUUCUUCAGUUUCGAAGAAUUGGUCAAGCUUGGUGAGGACAACAGGGACAUAGAGACGCACACGCCAGCGGCGGACGACUUGGCAUGUAUUAUGUACACCUCGGGGUCCACAGGAGAACCCAAGGGUGUUGUUUUGAAACAGUCCAACAUCAUUGCUGGGGUUGGUGGUGCGGAUCUCUGCGUGAGGCAUAUCACGGGCCCCGAUGACCGAGUCAUUUGUUUCUUACCGCUAGCGCACAUCUUCGAGCUUGCGUUCGAACUUUUGUCCGUGCUGUGGGGGUCGUGUAUCGGGUACGGGACCGUGAAGACUUUGACGAGCGCCUCGAUGCGUAACUGCCAAGGUGAUCUUGCCGAGUUCAAACCGACGAUCAUGGUUGGUGUUGCGGCCGUGUGGGAGACCGUGCGGAAGGGGAUCCUGCACCAGAUCAACGAGUUGCCCUUCCCCAUGCGCAAAGUGUUCUGGGCCGCGUACUACGCGAAGUACCAGAUGAAGCAGUACGGGAUCCCCGGUGGCGACGCACUGGGGAACUUGGUCUUCAAGAAGAUCAAAGCCGCGACGGGUGGGCAAUUGCGGUAUCUGCUGAACGGUGGGUCCCCCAUCAGUGUCCCAGCACAGGAGUUUAUCUCUACUCUUCUGGCGCCUAUGUUGAUCGGGUACGGUCUCACAGAAACGGUUGCCAACACGACGAUCUUGAACCCUUCGCAUUUCGAGUUCGGUGUCGCUGGUGAUCUGACUGGUGCAGUGACUGUGAAACUUGUCGACGUUGAGGAACUCGGGUAUUUUGCGAAGAACAACCAAGGUGAGAUCUGGAUCAAGGGCGCGUGUGUGACCCCUGAGUACUACAAGAACCCAGAGGAGACAGCUAAAGUGAUCACGAAGGAUGGGUGGUUCCAGACUGGUGAUAUUGGGGAGUGGGUGCCCAGCGGACACUUGAAAGUGAUCGACCGGAAGAAAAACCUGGUGAAGACUUUGAACGGGGAGUACAUUGCGUUGGAGAAGUUGGAGUCCAUUUAUAGAUCGAACCAGCACGUGCAGAAUAUCUGCGUGUACGCCGACCAGACACAGGUGAAACCCGUUGGGAUCGUUGUGCCCAACCACAAACCUUUACUGAAACUUGCUCAGAAAAUCGGUGUUGUUGACGAGGGUGCGUCCGAUGUGGACAUGGACCACCACUUGAGGGACCCUAAGUUGCAACAAGCGGCACUUGCCGAGUUUUUGAGCACGGGGAAACAACAGGGGCUCGCGGGGAUCGAAUUGCUCGCAGGUGUGGUGUUUUUCCCCGAGGAAUGGACCCCCCAGAACGGGUAUGUCACCUCUGCUCAGAAAUUGAAACGUAAAGAAAUCUUGGAAGCCGUGAAGGAUGACGUUGCGAAAGUGUACGGCAAAUAA